GAAACGUAAUUUGAACACACGACGUUCCUCGGGUUUGUGUCACGCUAACUGAAGAAGCUAGCGUGACAGCUACUUGAUUACAUAAAAUUCCUCAUGAAGAUAAUGUUUUUGACAAGUAUUCGAAAUUAAAUCAGAUUUGUGUGCUUGCGUAAGUGAACAUGAAAAGAUUAGAUUUCUAAAAGUGUUUAAAAGUAGGAUAUCGCUAGCCAGUUGGCUAACUUGGGGGCUAAACAUACAAACGCGCACGUUUAAGAUAAAUUUCUGUUAUUGCAAAGUACUUUAAUUUAUUUAUGAUGUAUUGUAAAAUGAUGUUAUUAGAAAUUUUUACACUGUUGUAAUGAAAUUAUUGUAAGUGUAUGAUUAAAUAAUACAGUCGCUAUGGUCAAAGACCCGUAUGUUAGCGUGGAACACUUAUGGGCCAGUGGCGCAAUGGAUAACGCGUCUGACUACGGAUCAGAAGAUUCUAGGUUCGACUCCUGGCUGGCUCGGUUAUUUUGAACUUGGAGACCUGCUUCCAGUAAUCACUCUCCAGCAGCCCACAUGUGCUCUGUGUCAGAGAGGCCUGUCCCAAGUGGUGCAGAUCUACUGCCCUCUCGCGGCGUCUCCUUACCACAGAACCAUCAAUGUAUUCGCCUGCACCAAUCCACAGUGCUCUGGCAAAUCAGAGAGCUGGAUUGUCCUGCGCUCUCAGUGCUUGGAUGAUGACAUCAAAUCAAGACAAAACAGCAAAACCACUGAAUAUGCAAUGUCCAGAACAGACUGGUGCGAUGAAGCUGAUGACUGGGGAUUGGACGACGACGAGCAAGUGGGAGAAAGCGGCGUACAAAUGCCAAAUGACAGUACAGGCGAAGGAAAUGAUGUCAGCAGCAGGCUUCAGGACCUGUGCAUUGAUGGAGAUCAUCAAAGUGCCCUUCAACCCACCGAUGUGCCUGUUUUCCAGCCGUUCUACAUAAGCGUUAUGGAGGAAACAGAUUUGGAUGGAUUUCAUGAUACGGAUCAUGAAAACGAACUGCUUAGAGAGUAUGAGGAGAGGGAGGGAGUGAUUGUGAGGGAGAUUCAGAGUUGUGGAAGUGGGGAAGCUCGGGAGGAAUAUGAGAAGGCCACGGCCAAACAUGGAGAUGAAGUGUUCACCAGUUUCAUGAAGAAAAUCUCUUUUUGUCCUGAACAAGUGUUACGAUACAGUUGGGACGGAUCACCUCUAUUUAUAUCAGAGCCUCCUUCCGGUCUUAGUCAGAUGGUGCCGUGUUGCGCUCACUGCAGCAGCCCGAGAGUUUUCGAAUUUCAGCUCAUGCCAGCAUUGGUCAGUUUGCUCGGUAGUGCAGACACAUAUUCAGACGUUUCGCUGGAGUUCGGAACCGUUCUUGUAUACACUUGCAGAAACAGCUGCUGGAAAUCUGGAUCAGCAGCUCCAGUGGAAGAAUUUCUGCUUGUCCAGCCCGACCCAGACCAAAAGCUCUUCAAAUGAUAGAGUUUAUCAACAAUAAAGAUCAUUAAACUUC